UAAUAUGGAGCAUGUCAAAAGCGUUACAAGAAAACAAAAAACGCCAAAAUCUAAAGAUAAAGUUCCAACACCGAACUACAGUGAUGACACUCGCGAAUUGAUUAAAGCCAUGAUGGACGAGUGUCGACUAACGAUGCUGCAACGAAAGCGACUGAACGAAUUUAUAGAGCGGGGUGAAUCGUUUCCCCCAUUGGCAAAGUAUGAGCAGCCUUCAUCAACGAGCAGAUCUAUGAAACCGACGAGAUCAGUUGUGGACCCAAAGCAAAUCCAAGUUAAUCGCAAGAGAACCAAACUUAAAAUCAUUGAAAUGGGAUCGUAUGAGAGAGACAAUGUGAAACCCAAGCCAGGAGUGGACAAGGCAUGCCAAAAGCUGAAGUUGCAAAACAUAAUGGCAUUUGGAACGGAAAUGACGCAGCACUCUGACCGGCCAUCCUUAAGAGGAAAAUCGCCUUCCAGGAAAAUCUCAUCAAUUGAUAAAAGAGACCGUUUUGAAGAACUGAUUGAAGAUAUUAACGAUAGGUGCCAGUUUUUGCAAGAUGUUGCAGAACUGGGUCAAGCGGAAAAAUACAAAUUUAUCAUGGAGAGUGAGAUCGCGGCGAAAUUGGCAGCUAUGAACGUAAUUGAUCCAACAAGGUGCGAAGAAUUCAAGAAACAGUUGAAACUCCCCUGCACUCUCAGAGUUUCAGUAAAAAACAAAAGUUAAGGUGUUGACUUGUUGGGAGUAAAAUAAACAAUGCUCUAUAAGCAA